UUAUAAUUUAUAAAAUCAAUGAUUAAAGGUAAAGGAGAAGUUAUGAUUGAAGGAACAAAUAAAAGAAAGAUUGUUUGAAGGGAGGAUCAGGGAAUACAUAUUGCUUUGAAUUUAUUUCGAUUGAGGGAGCAACUGACAAUAAAAACCCAUAUCAGAUAGAGAAGGGAGAUACAACAGUAAUAUAAUAAUACUGACAUCAUUUCACAAGAAAUAAUUAAGCACCACAGAAGGGAGGAGGAAGGAAGAACAAGAAAUUAAAUUUUCUUGUGAUUGAAAGCAUAUAUAGGAUAAUUAAUCAUCAAUUCAAGAAAGUGUAUACAUUGUCAGAUAGUUUCUGCCACUUGUCCUGUGAUAGAGAGAACAAGUGACUACUGAUUGACUGAUAGAAGGAAAGGAAGAACCAACUAAAGGAAGACAAGACAAGGGAUUUCAGGGAGUUUCUGACUCUAGACCUUUGAAGGAGGGAACGAGUGACUCACGGAUUGACAGAUAGUAGAAAAGAAAAGAGACAAGUCAAUAAAGGAUUUCAGGGAGCCUCUGGGCCGGUCCUGUGAUAAAGUGAACGAGAAACUUAUUGAUUGACAGAAGGAAGGAACAACCGCCACCAUAGCUCCGAAGGAGAGACUCGUGAUGGAGAUCGAGGAGGAUCCUCCAACUCCCAAACCACCGUUAUCAGAGAAAGGACAGUGUUAUCGGGUCGUUCUCUACUGUCUAAAUGUCUUCUUUGUGUUCACAGGUGUCGCGAUGGUAGCGAUAGGAGUAUGGGUGCAGCUGGACCCCAUCAACGAGCAGGUCGCGCUUCUCCUCGGCAACGACCUUUUCAAGAUGGCGGGCAAGGCCAUUGUCCUUGGUGGAAUCAUGAUCCUCAUAGUGUCUCUACUGGGAUGUGUCGGAGCUCGUCUGGAGAACAAGUGCCUCUUGAAAAUGUAUUUCUACUUCCUUCUGCUAGUGUUUGUGGUGGAGUUUUCUGGAGGCAUUUUGGGACUGGCAUUCUUAGCAAGCGCUGAAACAGAGCAGAACUUGACGUGGUCGCUGAGAGAUAAUUACGGAGCAGAAGGUGGGGAGGAAUACACCGAGGCAUAUGAUUUUAUACAGAAAAGGUUCCGGUGCUGUGGUAUAACCGGGGAUGUCGUAGCAGCAGUGAUCGAGUAUCGAAUGACAGCAUUCUGGCUGAACCAAUCACCGUUAAAACCCCGCAACGUGGUGCCGUUAAGCUGCUGUCGAGAGGGCGUUGACCCCGUCAUCUGCCGGUUGGAGAGGCCCCAGAACCUGUAUAGACUCUACUUACAUGAUGUGGGGUGCCUGACAGCUACAGAGAAUCGUGUCACAGAGUACGGAGGUGUCGUCGGAGGUGUAGCGAUUUGUAUAUCUGUUUUACAUUUGGCUGGCAUGGUAUUCACAUUCUGUCUGUACAGGGAAGUGCCAAGAAGCAGAUAAGAGAUAAUCAAGUAUGGAUAAGUCAAGACCUUCUUUCAUGAAACUCUACAUAAAUGAAGACUUUAGGAGAUUGAUGGCUCAGAAAUCUUCCAAGUAACAGAGCAAGGGGUUGUUUUACAAAGUUGUUCAUAAGUUAAGAGUGACUUUGAGAACGACUGGUGAGUCUCCUUACGCGCUAUUUCAUCACCAAUUAACAUUUUUGUGUAUAGCAUUUACCAUUAUAAUAAAUGAUCACCAGUUGUAAACUUACUUCUUACUUCUCUUAACUUACAAACAGCUUUAUGAAACACCAACCCAUUCAUUAUUGU